AUGUUUGUGGCUGUAUUUUAUGGUCUCGCGGCCAUUUGUGGAAUAUCCUAUUUUUAUACGAAAAGUGCGGUUGAGCAGAACGAUGAUCCAAAUUUCAAAAGCUUCCAGAGAACUUAUCUCAUUGUAUAUUUGAUGGCUGCAGGUUUGAUUUUCAACUUGAAAAAUUACUAAUUUUAAACUCCUCAUUUUUGCAGCUGGUGAUUGGUUACAAGGCCCACAUGUUUAUGCUUUAUAUGAAUCUUAUGGAAUGACAAAACAUCAAAUCGAAAUUCUUUUUAUUGCUGGAUUUGGGUCAAGUCUACUUUUCGGAACUUUUAUCGGAUCGAUUGCUGAUAAAUUGUAACUUUUCCCAAAAUGUUUGAAAAUUUUUUUAAAAAACUAAUUUUCAGCGGACGUCGUAACAAUUGUCUAAUUUAUGCUAUUUUAUAUGGCGGUGCUUGUUUGACAAAACAUUUUGGAAAUAUGCCAGUUUUGAUGAUUGGCAGAUUUUUGGGAGGAGUUGCCACAUCGAUUUUAUAUUCUGCUUUUGAAUCGUGGCUCAUCUAUGAGCAUAAUACUGUAAGAAGUGCAUUUUUCCUCAGGUUUCUAAUUAUUUUUUUUUGUUCAGCGUGGAUUCUCUGAUUCUCAUCUUGGUAUAAUUUUCUCAAACGCGGCUCUUGGAAACUCUUUAAUCGCAAUUAUUUCUGGAGUCGCUGCUCAAUUUGUUGCUGAUAUUUUCGGAUUUGUUGCUCCAUUUGAUCUUGCUCUUUCGGUUCUUUUUGUUAUGGCAAUUAUUAUUAUGAAUACAUGGCCAGAAAAUUAUGGAAAUGAGAAAGCUCCAGUUCAAGAAUCUUUUAGUAAAGCGGUUGCUGAGAUUAAGAAUGGUAGGGGAUUAUUAGAAAUGAAUCAAAUGAAGGGAACCUGUUUUCAGGUCUAAAAAUAAAUUAGAAUUUUUAGUUUAGUAUUUCGAACUUCAAAAUUCUCAGAACUAUUGUUUUUUGGUAUCGAUUUCCCGGAAUCAAAAAUGUUCUUCAAUUUUCAUACUAAUAUUUUUCUAGAUCGCAAUAUUUUGUGUCUUGGUUUGGUUCAAAGUUUGUUCGAAGGUUCAAUGUAUACAUUUGUUUUGGAAUGGACUCCAGCUUUAUCGAAAGCUGUUGGAGGAAAUGAAGUAAUUCCACAUGGAUACAUUUUUGCCGCAUUUAUGGUUUCGACAAUGAUUGGAUCUUCAGUUUUCAAAAUUUUGCAAGCAAAAUAUACUCCAGAAAGUUUCAUGAGGUGAGUAUUUUUGAAUUACAAAUAUUUUCUCAAAAUUAUUUGUACAUACUUUGAUUUUUCAAUUAGAUAUGUUCUUCUCAUUUCUGCUGUUUGCCUAUCGAUGCCGAUUAUCGCACCUGACAACAAAUAUCUCGUUUUCGGUGGAUUUUUAGUGUUCGAAUCGUGCGUCGGUAUUUUCUGGCCAUCAAUGGGUUGUUUGCGAGGAACUUAUGUUUCUGAAGAAACCCGUUCAACAACUCUUAAUUUGUUCCGAAUUCCGCUAAAUCUGAUUGUUGUCGUCAUUUUGUGGCAAAACUUUACGAUGAUUUCAAUCUUCAAAUUCUGUGUCUUCUUCCUUUUUAGUGCUUCAUUGGCUCAACACGCACUUUAUGUUUCAACUGAAAAUGUGCCAAGAAAUUCGACGAAAUUGCCAAUUCUCAAUGAAGAAGAUACUUUUUAG